AUGACCGAGAAGGCCCUUUCUCAGGUUGCUGCCUGCCUAAUCUUAGAAGGCAGCGAGCUCAAGCUGCGGAAUUACACGCCUGAAGACGAGGAGCUCAAGGCGCGGGUGGUGCCUCAGGCUAAGCCAGCCUCAGUGGAGGACAAGGUGAAGGACCAGCUGGAGGCCGCCAAGCCCGAACCCAUCAUCGAAGAAGUGGAUCUGGCAAACCUGGCGCCCAGGAAGCCCGACUGGGAUUUGAAGCGCGACGUUGCCAAGAAACUGGAGAAGCUUGAGAAGCGGACGCAGAGGGCGAUUGCUGAGCUAAUAAGAGAGAGGCUCAGAGGCCAGGAGGAGAACUUGGCAUCGGCCGUUGACUUGGCAAAGCAGGACGGAAGCGACUCAGACUGAGG